AUGGCGGCGAAAACCGAAGAAACCAAGCUGGUGCGCUUCGGUUCAACGGAGUUUUUGGUGGACGGUUUCUUGUUUCAACGAAAUGAUGUGCGACAUUAUGUGCUGACCCAUUUUCACAGCGACCACACCGUGGGUCUGACGCGCAACUUCGAAUGUGGGACCAUUUACUGCACAGACGUCACGGCUGCUUUGAUUACCGAAGUGAUGGGUGUGGACGCGACACGUGUGGUUUCGUUGCCUUUGCAACAGCCAUUGCAGGUCCAGGGCGUUUGGUUAACCCUCCUAGAUGCCGGACACUGCCCUGGAAGUGCCAUGGCUGUUUUCGAGGAGGACCACUCUUCUUCCGAGAGUUCCACCAAGGGCAGCGUUGUGCUCCACACAGGGGAUUGCCGCGCAUCAGCGCAGAUACGAGACGGGUUGCUUGAAUGGCUUGCGGGUCGAACAGUGGCCGAAUUAUUCCUGGACACCACGUACUGUGCCCGUCGCUGGACCUUCCCAGCCCAGCAUGAGGCUUGCAACUGGCUGGCAGAGCUGACGGCAGCAGAGCUCCAGCGAGAGCCGAAGACGCUGUUCGUGGUUGGAUGCUACCAGAUUGGGAAGGAGCGGGCAGCCCAAGCUGUGGCUGAAGCUGCUGCAUCCUCGGUGUUCGUGGAGCAGCGGCGCUGGAAGGUCAUCCAGCUUGCAGGUUGGGGUGACGCUCGCCUGAAGUCCGGCCGACCGCUGUGGAGCAUCGACAAGGAAGGCUGCUGUGUUUGGAUGUCUGCUUUGGGAGGCCUGGCGCACGAUGUCUUGAAGCAUUAUCUGGACUCGACCAAGGGGCAGUUCGAAUCCGUGGUGGCAUUCAGCCCAACUGGAUGGGCAUGGUCACCAAAAGCCAUGGCAAAGGGGAGUGCUGGCUGCCGUGCCUGGAUUGAGAACGACGGGCGCACGAGAGUGUACAGCGUGCCGUAUAGUGAGCACUCUUCCUUUACCGAGCUGCAAGCCUUUGUCAACAGCAUCAAGCCAGGGCGCUUGAUCCCCACGGUGAACUCCGAGACUCGCGAGGGCAAGGAGCGGAUGAUGGCACCCUUCCUGGAGGUCUUAGACCUCAAGGGUGACCGGGAACGCAUGGACCACUACAUCUUCGGAGGAAGCUCAUCUUCCACGUGUAAGCCAGAGAUGGCUGGUGAGUCCUUCGUGGAUGUGUUAUCGCUCUCGAGCAGGGGACAGGCUGUGCCUGCAGAUGACAGGAUGGUGGAAGCCCCGGCAGUUUGGCGUGCUGGUCUUCUUUCUGAUUGUAGGCACCAGAAGGCCUUGGAUCUCGACUCUGAGGAUUCCACCACAGCCGGUGGCGGCUCAUCUUCAUCGUCAUCUCCGUCCCGUGCCAAGGCCGAAGGGGCCGAAGGAGACUUCGGGGACUCCGUGGCAGAUCUGAUCAAUUCUACAUCCGCGCCAGGUCAAGUUGUGGUGGAUCUUUCAGAUGAUGAGGAGCAUGAAUUUGAGAAUAGUCCAGCCGCGCCUUCUGAGAAGGCAGCAGCUGAUGCGCCAGAUGCUGAUGACUUGCGCUGUGUUGAUCUCGAGCAGCAAAGGAGGUUGCUGCGAUUUUUUGAGGCUGCAGGGAAGGCAAAGGAAAUUCAGAAUCAAAAGGGCCCUUUGAAGUUGCUUCCGAAGAAGCCGGCAAAAGCAAAGGGCAAAGGCAAGGGGAAGGGCAAGAAAGAGCCUGAGGCGCCUGUGCUGAAACACUUGGGUGUAAGACUCAAGAAGCAGGAGAAGCCGAAGGCAGCGCCCAGAAAACGGACCCAGCCGUCUGCGGCCUCCGCAAAGCGGCGCAAAGCAGACCCUGGCGCCAACGCCGACCCGAAGCUGCCUGGAGAGAAGCGGCCCACCCGGUUUGUGCCGAAGCCCAGCGCGCGAGUGCAGGAGCGGAUCGAUAGAGCUUUUAGCCACCGACUCUACUUCCUCGCGCGAGCUCCGAAAGGCUCAGGCGAAAAGAUUGAUGUUCUUGGCAGCACGGGCAACGUGUAUCAUGUUGAGCUGCUGCCAGAAGGGAACUCCUGCACUUGCCUGGACUUUGCAAAGGGCGGCGGUGUUUGCAAGCAUCUUCUCUUUGUUUCUCUGAGGGUUCUUAAGCUUGCACGGGAUGACCACCGAGUUUGGCAGACGGGUUUGACACCUUCCGAGCUGAAGCCGCUAGUGGACAAACUGCAAAGCGAGGAGUUCCGCGCCGCUGCCGCCGGCGUGCAGGCGGAUGCCACAGUCAUGCGCGGCUAUCGCCAGGUGCAGGGCUCGCAGGAGGUAGCCGUGCGGCAGCCGCUCCCAGCUGAUUGUCCCAUAUGCUUCGAGCAGAUCGAAUCCGAGGAGGCAGCGGACUUCUGCCGCACUUGCGGCCACAACCUGCACACAGAUUGCCGCCACCGGUGGGCGGCGGCCAGUGGGCAAACAAGCUGCCCGAUGUGCCGCAGCCCGUGGGGCGAGCCUGCUUCGAAAGAAGUUGAAGCAGAUGCACCAGUCAACCUGGCAGCAUACUCUGCUGAGCACCGCGAGGUCAGCCUUGCCGCCCUUUACCCCGAGACGCAUCGCUGGAUCCAGCGACAAAGCAACUUUCACCUGGAGGAGCCAGGUCAUGGUGAGGGGCUUACUCGGUCAUGCAAGUCACGGGUGUCCAUUGUGAAGCAGAGCUUGGAGCUGAAGUUGUUCGAAGUGUUGGCUGCUCAGGCGCCGCCACCUGUGUUCGUCAAAGGCAUCCCCGUGUACAGGAGCCGUUGGCAUGGAUGCCUGGACAACAUUUUCUCCAAGGAGAAUCGUUUUCUCAUAGAGAUCAGCCUCACGGCUGAACUGGGCAACCAGUCCAACAAAGACUUCGUUUACGAUGGCGACUACCUGCGCUCCGGCUAUUUCAGCUGCUUGUUGUCUGAGGAGUGGAAGUCGGACAAGACCAAGCCGCUGGCGGCUGAAGUCCCAAGCGUCAUUGAGUUCGAGUCACACCAGAUCAAGGGUGUGGCGGGGGUAGCGUGGUUUGUGGACAAGGAGGACAAGGAAAUUUACUUUUCCGUGGCCUUCGCAAAUCCGCGUCUGCAAGAUCCCAGCUUCGCCUGCUUUCUUGGAGUCCCACCAGCAGACCUGAAGGCCGAGCUUGAUCUGGCACCGGCGCUGCAACUGGGUUGUGUCUCCCUGUACCGGCUGCGCCUGGCUGGCGGCAAAAGUUGGGAACUUCACAGUUGUCAGAGUGACAAUCUUUCAAAGCGACAGCCUACCGCGUUUCCUGCCGCCACGGGCUUCGAUGCCUGUGCCUGGUGCAGCAGCCACCCAGGAGCCGGAGCUGCCAAAGCCUUCUGCACCGCCAUCGGUGCACCGGACCCGCAGCAGCAGACGGAAGAAGAAAAUGCAAAGAGAUUUUCGCCGCACGGAGCGAUUCCGUCCGAGCAUGGCCGGCUGGCUUACAACGAUCGUCUGCUUGAUGACCAUGAAUCCGUGGUCGCGUUGGGUUUGCCUGUGGACCUGCCGAGAUUCGGCUCGUCUGAGUGCUGCAGUGCGCUCAUGGCAGACGGGGACUGGGAGAAGCUUGCUACUGUAGAGAAAGGCCACGAAACGGCUGCUCGCUUUCCGAUCGAGGUCCAAGCUGAUGUUGAGAAGAUGGACAGCUACGGCCAAUCUUCAUUGGAGAUUGCCAUUAAGAGAGCUCACCAUGAGGUUGUCACUUUUUUGGUUGACAACCAUGCGCUGAGAACAGCCCAGUGCCAGGAGGAGGGAAAGCUGGAAGCACCGGACGCCGCAGACGGUGUGUCCAUGGCAACUGGCAGUGUGAUGGCUGGCCUUGGAAGCGUGGUGGUCGGCGGCUACUCCGGCUACCAGUCAGGAGGCAGGGGUGGAGAGUGGCUGGUCGCAGGCAUCGUUGAGCCUGGUCAAGCUGUCCUGACCUUGACGAGGCGCGGCAGUGGAGUGGCGCAGAUCGGCCGUGGCAUUGCUAACACGCCUGAGGCCAUGCGUGGACGACGUGAGCAGCGCGUUUGGGACGAUGAGCUUGGUCAGUGGGUUGACAUUGAUCUUGUCAAGCUGGAGGAGCAGGUCCUUGCGGAAGGAUCAGAUGAUGAAGAUGGCGGAGCAAAUGGUAGCCAUUCUCCUUCUGCCCCUGUCAAGGAGACAGAGUACUACGAUCUCCUGCGAGUCAAGCCUUCAGCGACCGCUGCGGAGAUCAAGAAGGCAUACUACAAGGAGGCAAGAGCUUGCCACCCAGACAAGAACCCCGGAGAUGCGGAGGCAAACACCAAGUUCCAGAAGCUGGCAGAUGCCUACCAGGUGUUGUCCGAUCCUGAUUCGAGGAAGAAGUACGACAAAGAGGGCAAGGCUGGCAUCCAGGAGGGUAACGUCAAGAUGGAUCCCUCUACGUUCUUCAGUUUGCUCUUUGGAUCUGAGCGCUUCGAGCCCUGGAUCGGCGAGCUGCACUUGGCCAUGCAGACGGACCAGUUUGCCAAAGCAAUGGAAAAGGAAGGUGGCCUCUUGGAUCCGACGAACGCGGGUGGGGAUGCAAGCGACGAUGCAGUGUUUCACGACAACUCCCAAGUGUUGAAGCGCCGCCAGCUGCACCGCGAGGUGCACUGUGCCGUUUACUUGCGUGAAUUCCUGAAUGACUAUGUCUACAGGAGGGAGAUUGCUCAGUUUGAGCAGAAAGCACGGCUUGAAGCUGCUGAACUUGCCAAGUGCCAAUUUGGUCCGGAACUCUUGUCAGCAUUGGGCGCGAUGUACAAGCUGCGCUCAGAGAUUUACUUGGCAGAUGAGCUGGUCGGUCGGUUUUCCCUCACGAAGCAAGCAGCUGCUUUGAAGCAUUCCCAUAUGACUUUCCGGCACAAGAUGAGCUUCGUCUCGAAUGCUGCCACGAGCCUGCUCCAGGUCAAACGCGUGCAUGAUGCCUCCAAGGCAACUGCCGCGGCUGCGCCUGGAACACCGGGUGGGCAAGGUGCAGGCACCGGAGAGGCCAAUGCGGCCGGUGCCAGCCCGCCUGAACCGACUCCGGAGGAGGUCGCGCAGUCUGCAGCCGCCGUGGAGAAGGCCUUGGAUGAAGCCCUGCCGCUUUUCCUUCAAACUGCUUGGGCAGCUGUCGUAACCGACAUCGACUCCACUGUCAAAGAAAUUGGCAGAAAGCUGUUGAAGGACAAGUCUGUGCCCUGGCAGCUGCGGGUUCGCCGCUCACAGGCACUGCAGCGCCUGGGUGAAAUCUUCGAAGAGGAGGGUCAGAUGGCUCUGGAAGCUGGCGGCUCUUCGAAGACCAUGACCUCUGAGGUGGCGAAGGCCACUCUGCAAGAGGCCUUAAUGGCCUCCGUGAAGCAGCAACGCUAA